UUGAGUUUUGUUAUUUAGAUCAAAGGUGCUUUUAAAUUUUUAGUAAAUCCAUGAUUUAAAAUAAUAUUUAUCGAAAUUUUCCACUAGCGUUUGUUAAAAAAUGUAAAGUACCCUCUACAGCUACCGAGUACGUUCCGGUAUCUAAAUGAAAAGUUCAAAAAAAGCAGAAUAAUGGCUGUAUCAAACGCUAUGUUCCUUUUUGAGGUAGUUGUGGGAAACGUUAAGAGUAUGGUAGAGAGUCGUCAUUUAAUCAUAAGAAGUGAUUUUGCUGAUAUAUUCUCUUUAGAACUUAAAGAUCCUAAAACUAUGCAAAUUGUUAUACCAGAGCCCCCACCUCUGCCUCCAGAACCACCAGGCAAAAAAGGUAAAAAGAAACCGCCGAAGCCUAAAAAAGGCAAAAAGAGUAAAACAGGUGCUUUAGUAGAGCCACCUCCUGAACCUGUAAUUCAAUCGGGUCAGUCUGUAUUAUUUUCAAGCAAUGCAGAAUUCAUAAUUCAAACCAUGAAAAAAUUCCCUUUAGAAUUGUCCUUAUGGAGUAAAGAAGAUAAUUUGACUUAUAUCGGAGGUACAUUCAUUCCAUGGGAUCCCGCUUUUUAUACAUAUUUGGAAAAGAUAUGUAAUUGGGAAGAACCUCCACCUAUUACUAUUUGCGAUGACUACAACAUCUUUGAAGAGGGUAAAGCAAAACUAAUGGCAAAGAUCGGCCUUCAGAUAAAACUAACUUAUUUGACCGAUAAAGUGACAACGGCCUUUCGGACACUUUCCGAAGAUCCUACAGUUAAAAAGGUUUUAUAUACAGGCAUCAAUUCAAAAACCACUUCGUACAUGUGUACAUUAAAAACUACAGACGAGGAAUUCGAAGAGAACUGUAACAAAAUAGAAAACAAUUUCGUGAUCGAUAAAGAUCCAAUUAAAAUAGUAUACGCCGAUUAUAAGAAUGCUCCCGGAGCUAAUCUUACGUUCUUUAAUGAUGGAGAUUACUGUUGUAUGAAUAACGCAGAUAAACCACCGGAAUCAAUAUACAAAGCGCCAGAGACUUGUCCUGAUAUUGAUUUCAUUAUAGACUACGUAAGAAAGAUAAUUGUAUCGUGUAACGACAAUAUGAGAAUGUUAACACCGCGUCCUACGAUACGACCUAGAAUCAAAGCGACCGAUAUAGACAAAUUGUGUUAUUGCAAAGAAACAAACUGGCCAGAAGGACCAAUCGCAGAAAGAUUUAAGAAUGACGUACAAUCUGGACCCUGCCCGAUGUGUAUUAAUGCUGGGAAGAAACCAGAAAGCUCUCGUGGAACUACGUUUGAUAUAGCUAAUAUCAAAGGACCUUGUGGAAGGGCCGAUUGUAAAGUCGCCAGAGACCUGAGGGAAUACAUUGAAAAGCUUAUUGAAGAAGAUAAUAAAGAGAUUGACAUUAACAACAUAAUUGGGCCAUGUGGGAGUAAUGAGUGCCGAAUAGCGGAAAAAAUUCAAGAAUUCCUUCGGCACGAGGGUAUGUUCGCUCAAGGAUCUACGUUGGAGGGCUUGUCAACACAGUGCGCUUGCUUAAAGACAAUGCAAGACGCUCUCACUAAAAAGGAAUCUUGCGACUCUUCGUGCUCUAAGGAUUGUGCAGAAACUAGCAGUGACGAAAGUAAAUGUGACGGAAAAGCUUGCCCUUUCAAAUCUAAAGAUAAGCAAGUGUAUAAUGUAUACUACUUCACUGUAGAGUAUGACAUUGAUAAGAACAGCACUGGAACAAGAUCCCCAAGUGAAACGGAAAAAUCAGGCAAAUCUGCCAAAUUUAAGGGAAGUUCAGGAACAUCAUCGCCAACUGGCACGGACAAAUCAUCUAAGUUUAAAUACUGUUCUACCGAUUGCCCUAGCACGAAAACAUCCAACACAUGUUCUAAAAGCGUUUGCUCUACUUUGACAGAUAAACAAAAAUUUAUGCCAGGUGGUGAAUCAAAAUGCCUUGAUCCUGUUUGUCCUACAAAUGUGGAACCACCUAGCCCGGCAGAUAGCGACAUCGUCAUACGUUUUGAUGAUAUUUAUAAUCCUUGUUGUGUGAAAUCAUGUGAUGUUGCCGAAAAAGUAAAAGACUUUAUAGUAGAUGGUAUGGAACAUCAAAUAGAUAAGAAAGCGGAAGAUGAUCCAUGUUUUUGUGACUGCGAAUGUACUUUUAAAUUUUCUAAAAACACUACAUAUUGUAAUGUUUGCGGUGGAUAUGAAUGUUUAGGCGAAGAUGUUGAACAAAUGCCUGAGUUUGCAAAGCCGCAUCCAUGUCCAGUUUAUCAUAAGUUGUAUGAUAAAAAGGCCAUCAAAGUUAAUAGUCCAUGGCCAGAAGAUGAAGACAUUAAGAAACCAGAUACUAUAAGUAAUAAAAGUUCACGCACGCAAUCUGGUUCAAAAACCGGUUAUGGGGAUAAAAGAACUCGUUCUAGUUCUCGUUCCAUGAAAAUUAUGCACGAAAAAAAAAUAAAAACUGUCAAAGGAGAUAAAACUAAACCUGAGAAGAAGAAAGUGGGCAAAUUCACCGCAAACGUAGAGCCAACUGUAAUGCCAGUCGUGGUGAAGAGACCAGAAGCUAAAUAUCCAUAUCCACUUGUGCCUAAAUCUAAGGGAUGGAACUGGACCGCUGAAGAUGUUCCUGGCAUGAAGCCUCGACCGAAAUGGAAACCAGGAGCAGCUAACAAAAUUUUGGUAAGGCGUUAUAGGGCAAUAAGAGAAGGAGUGGAUAUUAUAGCAAAGAAAAAAAGGGCUAUGAUGCAGCGUAAGAAGAAAAUUGAACAUAAGCCUACUAUAGUAGUGAAGAAAGAAAAAGGCGAAUACACAGUUCAAAUGGAGGUGUUCAAAAAGUACUCUAAGGAAAGACUUGUGUUUCAGUAUCCAUAUGAUGAGAAACCUCCUCUUAUAUACACGAUAGGGAAAACCGAGGAGGAGAAACUAAAGAUUCAAAAACAGCGAGAAAGACGAGAGCGAAGAGAAACAAGGAGAAAAAGUCGAUUGUUACAAUCAACUUUUAGAGACCGAUGCCAAGAAAUUUGUGUAAAGGCGUUUAAUCAAGCGAUGGGCGUGCUACCUUUACCGAACCCGAAUGACCCCGAGUGCCCAUGCCAUACUGAAGCAAUUCAAAGUGUAAGCCCACCAAUAGAUUCGUGUUCCUGCUCUGAGGAAGAUGAGAUCUCCAGCAGUGAUACUGAUGGUGAUGAAUGGGUUAUACAGUUCUCGCCACCUGCAGCUCGCUGGGACGUUAAAGCAAAACAUCCACCAAUCUUAGCCGACAACGAAAGUCAAUAUAACUACUUAGAUUACAAAGUGAAAGUGCUCGAUAGAUAUGGAAAUCCUGUCCCAAGAUUUUUCAAAGGUCCCGAUGGAAAACAAGAGUGUAGUGAUCUUGGAGGUUUCUGGGGUCCCAAUCAUGUGUGGCUUGAAAUCAAUAAAGACGGCUUCAUCGGACCCGAUUGCCGGUGGGCACCUAUGAACUUCGUUGGCCCUGAUGGUAUGCUUUAUUCAGCAGAGGAGGGCUCUUUUACCGAUAGUUCAGGACGGCAUUUAAAAAUAGGAGUCGAUGGUUAUAUAGACAAAGAUGGAAAAUGGGCAUGGUACUCGAAACGAACAGGUAGAAGCCUAAGAUCAACGUCACCUUCAAAAUCGGUCACAAUGACGAGUUCUAUGCGAGGUAAAACACCAAAAAAUAUACAAGCACCUAAAGAGAAAAUUAAUCCUAAAGAUAAAUUAGGAAUGAACACUAGUCCCAAAAGCAAGGAUGCUAAAACAACCUCACCAGUUUUAUCAAAAAAUCCUACGGACCAAAGUAAGGUAAAGAAAAUCGUAUCGUACUCGUCUGGUAGGCAAAAAAAUCCUUUACUAAUGAGUGUAUCAGUUAACUUCGAAAGAAACAGACUGUUGAACUCAACUUGGUUGAAAAAUGCCGAAGAAGCAAAGAAAUUACAGAAAUAUAGAGAAAUUAUGGAAGAAUUACAGAUGUAUGACGACAUGCCCGAACUGAAGCGACCGGUCAAAACAAAUAGAGCUUCAAAUACACCAGCAAAAGGUUUUUCUUCUUUCGCAGACCAGAAAAAAUACCCUGUCCAAACGCAGAAUGUUUUAAGUAGUUACUGUUAGAUCUGGAAGUAUAAUAGCAUCAAGAUCAAUAUUUCACGAAUAGUGAAGUCACUAUUUUUCUCACAAAAACCUAUUCAGUUAGAUAUAUUUUGUAACUAGUAGUUUAUGUCUAUGGUAAUUUAUUAAUGUUUUUUUUAAUGUUCGUACUAAGUACUCUUUGAAAUAAAACCCGACACUCAUCAUU